GCCACAAUUCAAGUUUAUACGCAUUGGCUCAUAAAGCAAACGUCAUGAAAAUCAGUGUGUAUAUGUGUAUGGGUUACAACACAAAACGUCACACGAAUCAAGCAAUAAACAACUACCGGCAAUUGUUGUGCUUUUUUUUAUUAUUAUUUUAGAUAAGUAGCAAAUGGUAAAGUUGUGUAUACAAUGAUUGUGUUUGUGGCUUUUCUACUUUUGCGUCUCUUAUCGGUGUUUGUGGUGAAAACUUGGUACGUGCCGGACGAGUAUUGGCAAAGUUUAGAAGUGGCACAUAAAUUAACCUUUGGAUAUGGUUACAUGACAUGGGAAUGGUCAAAGGGCAUACGCAGCUACAUUCAUCCAUUGAGCAUAGCAGUUGUGUAUCGAGCACUUGCCUGGCUUGGUUUCGAGCGUGUACAAUAUUUGGUGUUGGCACCUCGAAUUUCACAAGCCUUUUUAUCUGCAUACAGUGACUAUUGCUUUUAUCGUUGGAGCAAACGAAGUAAAUGGUCCAUAUUUUUGAUAGCAACAUCUUGGUUUUGGUUUUAUACUGCCACUCGAACUCUGCUCAAUACGGUCGAAACAUGUUUGACAACCGUUGCGCUGAGCCUUUAUCCACAAAACUCAAAGACCGAUUCGCAAAAGUAUCUUUGGAUUGUUGCCCUUUUAUGUUUCAUACGGCCAACGGCUGCAAUUUUAUGGUUCCCAUUGUGCGUUAUCCAUAUGCAAAGAUCUUAUCGUUCGAUUGCCGAAUUAGUGCUUAAACGAUAUUUACCAAUUGCAUUGAUUGUUGGCACCAUUGCCAUUGGAUUGGAUUCGUACGCAUAUGGUGGUUUCAUUGUGACGCCGUUUGAAUUUUUUAAAUUGAAUGUGCUCGAGAAUGUGGGCAGUUUUUAUGGAACACAACCGUGGUAUUGGUAUUUCACAAUUGGUUUGCCGACUGUUUUGGGAAUUGUCACAUUACCAUUUGCAUUUGCCGUAGUUCAAACAUUGCAAAAUCACACCAUUUAUUCAGACCGAUAUGAUUUAUUAAAAGCAACAGCGUUCACAUUGGCCGUAUACAGUUUUCUAAAUCACAAGGAAUUUCGUUUUAUUUUACCAUUGUUGCCAAUUUGUUUGCAUAUUACCGCAGAUACAUUGAAAAACUGGAGUCAUAAUGCUUCACGAUGGGCCAUUUGGAUUGUUACUUUGGGACUGUUAACAUUCAAUGCAAUACCGGCGUUCUACUUGAGUUGGGUGCAUCAACGUGGCACCACCGAUAUUAUGCUUUCGAUUGAACGUAUUGCACGUGAAUAUCGUGAUGUGGAUGGACAUACAGCAAAGUUUCUAUUUCUAAUGCCAUGCCAUUCAACACCGUUUUACAGUCAUGUUCAUCAAAAUGUUUCACUACGAUUUUUAACAUGCGAACCCAAUUUGAAUGGCAUCGAAAAUUACAUGGAUGAAGCCGAUAAAUUCUAUGCAAAUCCAGUUGCUUGGCUACGAUCUCACGUACCUGUACAUCCGAAAUCAGCAAUGCCAUCACAUGCCGUUCUUUUUGAUUGUUUACAACCGAAAAUCAAAGAAUUCUUACAAAACUACAAGGUAAUCAAUAAUAUAAGCCAUUCGGAAUUCACGACAGACGGACGAGUUGGGCAUAAUGUACUACUUUACGAACGUAUCACACAUAUUUCGCCGAAGAAAUCUAAUGGAGAUGAGCAAAGAAAGAAACCAUACAAUUCGGAUAAAUUAAUUUUGGAUCCAAAAACAGAUCAUGAUGAAUUUUAAAUUGCAGUACCUAAAGUAAAAGUAAUCGAUAAAACUCA